AAAGGAUAAUCAUAAUAAGGCACCAACUAAGCACACGAGCAUCACUAAGAAACAGAUAAAUCGAGCAUGACUAAAACCGAUUAAUUAAAAACUCUAUUAACAUAUAAAAUAAAUCACACAACCAAUAAAAAUGGCCCUAACUGCCACCUCAUCAUCUCCAUCGUGUUUUGCUUAACGUCUUCAUUUCAAUUUUACUCAGAGUAGUAAAAGUAUAUUCUCUAAAUGGUUCCAGAUAGACAUGAGUCCUUCUUACGCCAUCAGAAAAAAGCUGUAGAGCAAAAGUGGAAAAAUUUGAGAAAUGUUGAAACAAUGUAUCUUCCGGCUUACUUAGUAUAGCAAGUUUAUGCUACUAGAAGCAUUCGUUUUACAUACAUGAAUCUCUAAAAGUGAAUUGCAUCACAUAGACACGGUUCCUAGUGUUUAGUGAUGGUGACAGAAAACAGCAAAAGCUAAACCCAAAAAUGGAUAAAAACUUGCGUUGGAAGAAGUUGACAAUAAAAGAAAAAACAGAGCACAGUUAAAUCAUCUCUAGGCUAUAAAAACAGAGUAGGAGUCACAACACAAAUCACAACAAGGAAAACAGAGUUCAAGAGAAUCAAAUAGCAAAAAAAAAACUUAAUAUUCUUUCAAAAACAAAAUGGGGAUCGUAGGAUUCCAAUGGGGCGAGGGAAACUACAACCAACUGACGCUGCUGAUGAACCGAGAUAAUUAUGUAAACAGGCAAGUUUAACAUUAUUCGUCGUUUUUUUUGUUUUAAUUUUGUGCUGAAUACUUUUUUGAUGUUUUUUCUUUUCUUUUCUAUGAGUGAUUAAUAGGGUCAUAAGUGGGGCAUCUUGGAGUGGAAAUGGCCAGAUUUUGAGUGGUCGGUGCCAAGAUAACGGCGGGUCGUGGUUUGGUAUUUCUAGAGGAGGCCGAGUCGCUUUUCUCGUGAGUGGAGACUUAUUAGUAGACCGCGUUCUUCCACACAUGGGCUCUGAAUUGUACCUAAUUGAAUUCUUGGCGGGAAAUAUGACUCCACAGGAAUUUGCCAACGACGUGGCACGCAGAAAUGAAAUGGUCUAUUUGACGACCUUUAGCCUUAUAGUCGCAGACAUGCCUUUGAAUUCAAUGGUUCAUAUCAGGAAACUACAGCCGAUGGCCGUCGAAUCAGAAAUCGUACCAUUUGGUGUGCACACACUAUCUGCUCACGGUGGUCUCGAUGGCACAUUACCCCGGGAUUUACUCAUGAGAGGCAUUUAUAAUCUGAUGUAUGGGAACAAUCCACUACCACCACUUGAGCUUGCUAGGAGGUGUAUGUCUAAUGCUGAGGGAGGACCACACGACGCGUUGUAUCUCGACAAAAUGUAUUAUGGGGGACACUUUGGAACAACAAGUACGACAGCAUUGGUGGUGGAACGCACUGGGAGAGUAAGGGUCUUUGAGAGGUACAUGAUGGAGAAUGGUACAUAUAACACGCACGAUUUCGAUUUCGAUCUCCAAAUCGGGCAGUAGAAAUGGUUACAAAUUAAGAAGCAUUGGGAAGCAUCCGAAUAUUCAUUAUUCUCUCUAAUUAGUAAAUAAUCUCGUUGAUGCUGUAAAUAGAUCUCUCUCAAAUUUAUUUACCUUGUUAAUAAGAUUCAGGGAUACCUAUUUCCUUGGACACACUGCAUAUAACUCUAGUCGUCUAUGAACAUUAUGCUUGACUAUAAAUAAAUAAAAUAG